CCGCUAAUGACUCGAUAAUUAUUUAAUGUUACAGUCGUCAUGUGACUGUGACUUUUCUCGCAAUCUUUCAAUUUUGUUUGCAGUGCGCGCCAAGUUUGGAGCUACACCGCAUGGUGUGGCUGCAUCUUCCGUUUGUGAUGUAGUUUCCUUUUUUUUUCGAUCAAUGGCGGACGCUUAGGCCUGCGUGCGUGUAUGUGUGUGCGUCAUAGCAUACGUGUGUGCGGGGUUAACCAAGAAAAACAUUUCGGAGUGACGAAAAUCGAUAGAGCCCGUUGUGUUUUGAUGGAGAAAACGUACGAAGGAUGGAGAUACGGUUGCAGCGAUCUCAGAAGAGGCUGAUCAAAGUGAAAUGACGGAGGAUUAUCUCUGAUUGUUGGAGAUAAUAAAUAGCGAGGGAAAAUGGCAGCAGCUCAGGGCACCCCGGAGUCCGAUGCUGGAAGUUUUGAGUGCUUUCAGAACUACACAGCUCCUGAGGUUUUCAUUCAGGGACUGGCGGGGAUUGUUGACCAGCAGGAUGUCGAGUCUAUGAUAAGAGCACAGAAGCAAAUGCUACAGAGGUUCGAGAAGACCAACGAAAUGUUGACAAACUGCAAUCAGCUGUCUGUGAACCGGUUAAAAUCAGCUGGCAUUGAAUUCAAGAAGCACACAGCUCUCCUGGUAGAGAUGAAGAAGGAUUUGGAUUACAUUUUCAAAAAGAUUCGAGUGGUCAGAAACAAACUCAAUCAGCAGUAUCCACAGGCAGUCAAUGAAGCUGUAAGAAGUAGUUUAGCAGAGGAAGUACUAGUUGAGGACAUUGAUCAGGGACCUAAACCCCUCGAGCCAGAGAUCGUUCCCCUACCAACAGCACCAGUCACUGAUAAUGACAGAGACGCUGAUUCUGAUGUUCCACUCGAGGAGUUUCAAUUCGCGAAGCUGCGCAAACGACGAAUUAAGAGUAACAACAGCUCGUCCACGGAUAGCAACAACGAGAAUAGUAAUCUGGAGGAAACGUCGUCAGACACUGGUUAAUGUUCUAAAAACUCUGACCCAUAGCCUAAUGAAAGAAAAAAAAUGAAAAAAAUGCGAAAAUCCCAACAAUUUUGAGAAGAAAGUAAAUGAAAAAUGAACUAACGACAAUGUAAGUCUGAAUUACGAGCCUAUUUUUACCACGAGAUCUCUAAGACAAUAAGCGAAACUGUUUAUGUAAUACAAUUGAAAAAAAAUAAUAGAAAAUUCCGGCUUCUUUGAAUGUCUAAUAAAAAACCUCUUUC